AAAUAUUUUCUCUUGCAGACGAUGGAUUGUGGUACCCAAGCGUUCACUUUAGACGGUGCAGUUGAGAAGAGUGGAUAUUCAACUCCUCCUAGCAAGCGUACUUCAACAUCUAGACCGAGGAAAAUUUCCUCCUCCGAGAAACGGGUUGAAUUUGUGGAAAAGGGAGAAGUGAAGGAAAAGCGUGAAAAGUACCUCACUGCCAAAUAUGGUGCCCACCAAAUGUGUCUCAUCAGGAAGAGGUUGGCUGUAGAGAUGUGGAUGUAUGAUGAGCUUCAAGCUCUUUAUGGGAGUGAUGGAGAUGCAGAUUCACUCUAUGGUGAAGUAGAUCUUGAUGAAAUCUUGGACCUUCAGAAUGACAAUCAGCGCAGGGCACAUCUUCAGAAACUGUUGCAGAAUGCCCAAAAACCUCCAGAUGCUGUUGCAAAGUUCAUUGAGGAGCUCCUAGAGAAGGCGAAGACAUUAUAACAACUAUGUGUCAGCUUCCCAUCCUAUUGAGCUAAGGGGUUCUCCUUAGCACAUUUAUGUGCCAUCAUCAUCUAGGCUUGACUCUGCUGGUAGCUGUCUGAGGGUCUUUCUGAAGUAUCAUGUAUGCAUUCUAGCCAUUGGUGAUUAAGUACACAGUGAAUUAUUUUUAUGCUUCCAGUUGUUCAUUAGUAUUGUGAAAUGCCCUUGAUUCUUUGCUCAUCUUUUUGCCUCAUUGGAACUCUGGGUUACUGGAGUGCUAGCUCUUUUUUAAAGGAAUGGAAGGAAUUGCAAGAUAGGAGUAGCUUCAUAUUUUCAUCAUUAUGGUCGGUGUGACUACAAGCAGUGAUCACCAUAAAGUUUUUGAUGAACAUUUUUUCAGGUGGUCAAGGUCGCUCCAGGGAAAGCAUCCUGUUGAGUGACAAGGUGUUUGCACAACUCUUAUUUUAUUGGCAUAUCAAGUCUUAUUUGAUCUCAUUCAUUCACAUGAGGUGCAGAAUCUUCAUCUGGAACUAAGGCUUGAAGGAAUUCUUCAUGCCAAAGCAAAACUUUGUUUCAUUAUUUCUAUGCUUACUCAGAAGAUGUUUCCUUUGACAGAAUGGCUCAGCAUCUUUAUUUGAAACUACCCAUACUGGUCCUUCACCUUUGUGAGAACCAAUACAUUUUCUGAGAGUUUAUUAGUAUUAACACUUAGUUUGUGGCAAUGUAUUGGGAGCCCUGUCAGAGUUGCUCAGGAGUCAGAAUAAUACAAAUCCAGGCAAUCAACAGUUUCUCCAUCUUGAAAUCUUAAGAAGUGUCUUUCCUUUGCAGUUGUUCAAGAUCUGAAUUUUAGAUCAAGUACAGGAUCUAUCAGGGUUUUAGAAUUAAAAUUGUUCUUCAUAUUUUUCCUUGUGAAAUAAUCUGUUUUACUUCCACUUAUUGGGCCUCCAGACUUUCAGAUGGAAGUGAAAUCUCUUAAGUUAUAAAAGCCACAGAUAUAUAUACUAUUUCUAGGGCUGUACCAGUGCAAAGGCAAUUAUAGAACUGGUUGCUAACAUGCAAUCGCCUGUGGCAGGUCUUGACACUGCUGAUGCUUCCCAAGCAAAAUAAGAGAGAAAUAGGAAACACAUAAACAUGAAUGUGGCCCAUUAUUGGAUUUCCUAUCACAUUUCCAAGAAAUGGAGCAAGUGUUUACCCACACAAUUAGAUGAAAUAUUGUAUGACAUGAUUCAAUCCUUGGCUAUGGCUGAAACUUGAAUCGAAUGAUGGCAUUAGGCAUCCUACCAGAGUUCUUUUAUAAGGUCUUUUUGAAGAAAUCACAAGCCAAUAAUGCAGCCGUUCUCUGCUGCAGAGACUGUCAAAUGAUGGCAUUUGGUAUCCCACCACAUUCAAAAUGGUAAGUAGAGGCAGUGUCAUAAAUCCCCCCCCCCCAUUUGCCAAUAUCAACAUCGGCACCAGCACCAGCCAUUGGUACACCCCUAGCUAUUUCAUUUAUCAUUGGUAUACUGGUUAUGUUCUCCUGGUUUAUGAGGCAUUGGACUUUAUACUAGACAAUAUGGCAUAUAUGUAUAUUUUGUCAACUAUUUUGUGGCUUUCACUUUGAAGGAUAGGUGAGGCAAAAUUCACCCUCCCGUAUUACAUAUUUCAACACAAUCAGAAAUUCAAACAGCCCUUUUCAACCAAAUUGCACCAAUGUCUGGUCUCAGAAUGUGAAUGGGCAGUGCAUGCAUUUUCCUUUCAAAUAGUAUAGAUCCGAAAAAUUUUUAAAACAUAAUUGAGGGGGGGGGGAUUAUGAGAUUAAGGGGG